AUGAAGCUUACUACGUCGUUGCUCGCUCUUGGCGCUCUGCUUGUUGGUACAGCGUCCACCGAGGCUGCUGCAGUCGAGCGCCCUGGUCCGUGGUCCGAAAUUCACCACAAGAACUCGAUCAAGCACUUUAAGAUGUUUGCCGCACCCUCCGGUUCCGACCUGCGCUCGCAGAAGCCCGUAUACGACAAGUGCGACGUCAAGUUCCCCUCGAACAAGGACUACAUGUACAAGUACUUUGCUGACUCGCACCUACUCGAGUUCCAGAAGCUGGGCCGUCACACGGUAGGAAUCAACUGCCCCAGCUGCUCUCCCCAGGAAGCCGGCAACCUUUACCUCACCAAGUUCAACGUGUACUUUGAAUGCCGUAGCCUCGACCAGCGCACUGGUUAG